AUGAGCAAGAUUGGAAGGAAAAAGGAAUUCGGAUAUCAUGAGAGGAGUGCAGAAUUGAAACUAAACCACCUUAGUUUUGCGGAUGAUGUACUAUUGUUUUGUAGAGGUGACUUUAAAACCAUCUAUUUGUUGAUGCAAGGGCUCAAAUUAUUUUCAAACACUUCUAGUUUAACACCAAAUAAAGAAAAGUCUGCAGUUUUCUGUAGUGGAAUGGAGGAAAGGGAGAUUAAAAGGGUAUUGGACAUGACUGGAUUCUCGAGGCAGGAAGCACCAUUCAAGUAUUUGGGAGUUCCCAUCUGUGCAAGGAAGAUUGCAGCCUCUGAUUGUGUCACACUUGCUCAAAAGAUGACUGGAAAAAUAAGGGUAUGGUCAACAAGAAAUCUGUCAUAUGCUGGGAGGUUAGUGUUGGUAAAUUCUGUUCUUAGUACAAUUCACAUGUAUUGGAGUCAGAUCAUGAUUCUCCCUAAAAAGGUCAUUAAAGAAAUAGAGGGAGCAUGUAGGUGUUUCUUGUGGACAGGGAAGAGCAUAAUGGAAGGGGCUGGAGCUGUUGCUUGGGAAAGUUUAUGCUACCCGAAAAAAGAAGGUGGACUUGGCUUAUUGAACAUUGCUCAAUGGAAUGUAGCAGCUAUGUUUAAACACAUAUGGGCUGUGGCAAAUAAAAAGGACAAUCUUUGGGUGAAAUGGGUGGAUUGUGUAUAUAUAAAGAACCAUAAUUGGUGGGAGUAUAAAGCUCCCCAAAGUAGUAGUUGGUAUUGGAGGAAAAUGGUGUCUAAUAAAGAUUUAGUGAAACAAACAAUGAACAUUGAAGAAUUUCCGAAGGAGGAUUAUAAAGUGGCAGCAGGGUACAAACAUCUGGUCCAAGAACAGGGAAGAGUGGACUGGUGCAAUGAAGUCUGGUCUAGAAUUAAUACCCCGAAGCAUAGCUUUCUCACCUGGUUGGCCAUAUUACAGAGAUUGAAAACCAAAGUACGGCUCUGCAGGUUAAAAGUAAUUGAUUCUCCAGUUUGCAGCCUCUGCAAUGUUGCAGAUGAAACAACCGAGCACCUAUUUUUCAGGUGUGAUUACUCCCAGCAGCGUCUAGUGCAAGUGAAGAGCUAG